AUGGGCAGACCUAGACUCAUCAUUCUUGUUCGUCACGGUGAAUCUGAAGGAAACUGCGACAAAUCGGUCAAUACUUAUACACCAAACCACCGAAUCCCUCUCACAGAUCUCGGCCAUAAACAAGCCCUUAAUGCAGGCGAACGUUUGGUGGAUCUGCUAGAACCAGAUGAUAACCUUUUGUUUUACACUUCUCCCUACAAACGGACCAUCCAAACUACCGAAGGUCUUUUGGAAGCAGUUAAGAAACACAACAUAAACUACAGAGUACACGAAGAACCAAGAUUACGGGAACAAGACUUUGGCAACUUUCAGGGACCAAGUACUGAAAUGGUCAAGGUCUGGAAGGAGCGCGCCCAUUAUGGUCACUUCUUUUACCGGAUACCCAAUGGUGAGUCUGCGGCAGACGUUUAUGACCGGGUCGCUGGUUUCAAUGAGACGUUGUUUAGGCAGUUCAACACAGAAAAGUUCCCCUCGGUCCUGGUCCUGGUGUCGCACGGGAUUUGGUGCCGAGUCUUUUUAAUGAAGUGGUUCCGGUGGAGUUAUGAAAAGUUUGAAGCAUUUCGGAACCUUGGCCACUGCGAGUUUUUAAUCAUGGAGAAGGGUGAGGAUAUUGAGCAAAAAUACACUUUACUGACACCUCUGCGAACAUGGGAUGAUCCUCCGGAAGUGUUACUGACAUUGCCCAAACUUGAGCGUGAUGAGACCAGCAAAAACUCAAAGAGUCUUCGGUAUAAGGAUAUUCGAACCAGGGAUGAGACGUCAGUUCAGAAACAACAUGAAAAGGAUGCACGAAUCCAGGAAGCAUUUUUAAAGGCGCAGCAAGACCAGCCACAAAACAAAGAUUUACCAUGCAAAACCACUAUCAAUCAAGGUGCUGAGAGUGUGCUAGGGCAAAAAGAUCAGAAAAAGCAGCUAUGCGACGAUGCUAUAAAGGGAAAUGUCGAGUGUCUUGACGAGAAUGAUGAAUCGGCCUCACAUUUGGCUUCGGAUAGUACGCCGGAGGAGUAUUCUUCGGAGGUGGAGGACGAUGACGACGAUGAUGUGGAAAGCAUGCGUAAAAGUGCAAGUGCUCGGAGUGAUGCGAGCUCAACUAGCAUUGAGGAUGUGGAGUUGAAUGGAUCCAAGUCAGUGGCCAUUUCCGCAGCCACUACAACGUCCACACCUGCAGUUCGACAACGCUGUUAG